AUGAAUCCUCCAAUCUUUACAGGAUCCAUGCCUGUAGAGGAUCCUCAUGAGUUCGUGAAGGAGGUCCUGAAGAUUCUGGUGGCAAUGGGGGCCACGGAGAUCGAGAAAGUUGAGCUGGCUUCGUACCAGCUAAAGGAUGUUACACAAGCUUGCUGCAAGAUGUGGCAGGAUAGCAGAGUGUUGGGCGGAGGUCUUAUCACAUGGGAGUUGUUUAAGACGGUCUUUCUAGAGAGGUUCUUCCCUAGAGAGAUGAGAGAGGCUAUGGUUGAUGAGUUUAUCAACUUUAAGCAGGGCUCGAUGACUGUCAGGGAGUAUUCCCUAAAAUUCAUAAAAUUGUCCAUGUAUGGCACUUCCUUUUUGUCGAACAGCAGGGACGAGAUGAGUAGGUUCCUUAAAGGAAUCUCAGAGGACUUGGAGGAGGAGUGUCGGGAUGCGAUGCUACAUGAUAGCAUGGACUUGUCCACAUUGAUGGUUCAUGUCCAGCAGGUUGAAAACAACAGGAAGAAGAGGAGAGUCCGUCAGGUCAGGAGACGUAACCCUUCUAACCAGAAAGUUUCCAGCAGUGGUGGUGGCAGGAGCACUUUCUGA